AAUCGCUACUGCCGUGCCCUUCGAUGCUUACCCUCUCUGGCUGGCGAAUUUCAUAGAGGCUUUUAUUUUGAAAGUUUGUUAACGCCAACAAAACCACAGAAGAAGGAAAAAAAAACGGAAAAUCUAUUUUAUUUGUUGCGGUUCAGGAGGACAACUUGUUAGAUAGCUAGCUCAAUUAUCUACGACCAGCACUUGCUAUAUUCACUAAUCUGCGUUUUUGAUUAAACUCGAAGAGGCUGUUUACACCAUAUUUCCACGGGAGAACACCUAUGGUCACCGGAGAAGAUGCUAGCUGUGCGCCAAUUUCUACCUAACACAAUGACCAACUACAGAGCUUUUCAUACACAACUGUCGUCCAUCAUGGAUGCAUUGACCAAAGCGGCGGUGGCAGAUAUCUGCGAGCUCGUAGAUGACAGCUAUGCUGUUUUACAAUUGGAAAUCUCUCGAAGCCACAAAGAGAAUGAGGCAUUGAGAAGGAAACUCGAGUUGAUCGAGACCAUCAUUGCGCGUGGGCAGAGAGGGAAUAUGGCAGAAACAAACCACCAAGCUAACAUUGAUUCCCUCAAUGCCGAACAUUCCUCUUCAUCUGGAAGGGCUGCCUGUACCAAGCAGUCAAAUGAAAAUCUAAGAAGAGCUGGAAAGAUCACAGCUGUUCGGGAAGCCACAGAACAGUCUGAAAAUAAAGAGGUGGUUUUGCAGGUAACUGAAGAGGAGAAGAUCGGACCUGACAUAGUCUUAAUCAAGGAGGAGAAGCUGGGUGGGGACUUGGAUAGUAGUAAUGACACACAGGAUGUUCUGCUAUUCAGUGAGAAGGGUACUGCGGCGUCGUAUGGUGAAGUGGAUGACGGUGAAGAAGGGCCAUCCAGAACAACCUCCUCCACCAUAACUACGAGGGAGUGGGACAGAAGUGGAGAGGAUAGUGGCCACCGAUCCGAGCAGGGGAAUGAGAGUUCUCAGAGGACUCCCCAGUUUUUGCGUUCUAAAUUCACGGCCGGAAGAUGGAACCCCCUGAGCCUUAACUACACGCUGCAUGAGACACCCAGUGAGUCUGGGUCCAGUCCACCGGGAGGGAAUAAUGAAAUGGAGACAGUGGAAUCCGUUUAUGAUUUCCCUUCAGAAACCGACACCGUCCCCUCUACUCACCCGACAGGGAAACGGUUUCCCUUUGAACCAGACAGUAGUCCAAAUUCUCUCGCUGGGAAUUUCGAAAUGAAAAGAGAAGUUUCCAUGGUCAGCUCUCUACCCUACGACGUGGAACUGGAUAUGUGUUCUUCAUGGAGCAACCAGGAUAUGCUGGGAAUGGUUUCCAUGCAGGACGGGAAAUACCUGAAACCGGACCGCAGGGAAUUGCUGCUUGACAAGGUUGCAGACUUGAGCUCUGCCCAUUAUCAAAUGACUGCCGCCGGACUUCACGCUGCAGCCAAGUAUGACAGCAGAGACAGCAAGCGUUUUAUUUGCACCUUCUGCAGCAAGUGUUUUACAUCGUCGCGAAAUCUGGAGACACACCUACGGGUUCACACAGGAGAGAGACCAUACAGCUGCACCCAGUGCGGGAAGAGGUUCACCCAGUCUGGCCAUCUGAAAACGCAUCAGAGCGUACACACCGGAGAGCGGCCAUUUGCCUGCGAGCAGUGUGGUAAAAGGUUUGCAGGGAAACAGAAUUUGAGGUUACACCAACAGAAAAACCACCCUAAUCUGUGAGGUGUAAGGCUAGUUGAGAGCUCCACGAACAGUUAUGCCUAACAUUUUUAGAAGCAUUAGACCAGAACCGUGGCACUGUUUGACAUCUAAGUUUGAACAUUAGUCAUGAAGAAAAGGCUAUUUUGUAUUUUCACACUCAUGAUAUGUUUUCAUGGAUGAACUCCGCAAGAAUGGUGGAGGUGAAAAACGUGGUCUAACAUUGCGAUGCUCUAAUUUCAAUUUUUCUUCCAUUUAAUUGCCUUUGAAAUGAUACAAUUGAUAAUAUUUAACCCAAUGAAACAAAGCUAUUUGAUGAGACAUUAUUACCACUGGAAUGUAUUUUGAAAAUGGAACAGUCCUUCCAUAUAAGUUGUUACGAUAAUGGUCACACUUUAAAUUUACCACAAUUCAUAAAGGCUUAAUAUAGCAUACAUAAAGUCUUAAUAAGAACUAUAGAGUGCAUUGCCUAAUGCAUCAUAUCCUACUAUGGAAAUUCUCAAAAAAGCUGUGCUUUACAAAGGGCUGUAACUAUAUGUAACAGUAUAACAUUAUUAGUGUACUUGCAAGAAGAUGACUCAUGUCAGGCCAGAACUGUAAGAGAAAAUGUGUUCUCCCAGUAAACUUACAUUUUUAUAAUACAGACAGUAGGAAAGUUUAUUUAAAGGAUGAGUCAGUUCAGAAGCUAGAAGAUUCAUUAUUUGCCAACAGCUGCAAUUCCCAGUUAAACGACAUCACGUUUUGAAGUUCACUUUCAUUGUUUUGUCUAAUAACACUAUCAUGAAUCUACAAAGACGUUUUGUGGGUCAGUAGCUAGGUUUCCAUCCAAUUGGCGAUUUUCAUGCAAAAAUUAUAAAAUCUGCAUGACACAAAUGCGCGUUUUCCAACCAGUGGUCUGUUUUCACCAAACUGACUUGUUGCGUAUACAAAUCAGUGCCUGAUGACGUAGUGCAUACAAUUUACUUUUCCGUUUAAGUUUUCAGGUACCGAAUAAAAUGUGUUCAAUGUGUUUCCAUUGCAUUUUCAACUCUACCGAUAGCUUUGUAACAAACUGUUGCAUUAAAUAGCAA